ACAACCCAUCGAAGUCUUCUGUCUUCUCUUCCACUUCCACGUCCACAGGCGAGGAGAAAGCCAACGAGUUCAACUCCUGCUCGUCCCCCUCCCCUGCUGUUCCUUGUCCGUCUCCGGUAGCAAGCCAGCAAUCUGCGCAGCAAGAAAAGAAGGGAGGUUCUUGGAUUGGUUCUUCUGCGAAGAUGGUGGCGCCCAUGGUGAUCGCGUCGGCGGGGCUCGGGAUGCUGGCGGGCGUGGCGAUGGCGAACCGGACGACCGGGGACGGGCUGCCGGCGGCGUCCAGGUGGGACGCGCGGCCCCGCUGCUCCACCUGCAGCGGCACCGGCCGGGAGGAGUGCCUCUGCAGCCGUUGGUCCGAUGGCGACGUCGGCUGCGGGACGUGCUCCGGCUCCGGCCGCAAGCGGUGCCGCAGCUGCGGAGGCUCUGGCACCGGCCGGCAGCUCCCGGUGCGACUCAUCGCCCAGCAGCAGAAGCUGCCGACCGCGCCCGGGCGACGCGGAGACUAAAACUGAUUGAUACUCGUCGGUUUCCCGGAGUAAAUCGGAAGUGCAAUUAGGCAGAACACAACACAUGAGCAUGAGUGUACAGGCAACAUGUUCAUUCCUGUGGAUGUACACGUCUCCUUCAAGACGUACUAGUUGUGCAUAAAACAUUUUUAGAGCUCCUUUGAUUCAAAGGAAUUUUAUAGAAAUUUUAGAGGAUUUAUAUCCUCAGGGAUC